GCACUUACCUCCUCGGAGCUGCAUCAACCCAAGAAGACCUCUCCUCAGAAGACCUCACCUCCCUCCAGCCAGCACCAUCUGCACUCCUGAGGGCCCACUCUCUUCUCUCCAGCCAGAUCUUUUAAUUUUUGCAGCAGCCGCAGCCGCAGCAUGACUCUUCGGUCUCUCCUCCUGUGCGCCUUGGCUCUCCUGUCUCUCCUCAGCUCUGCCCGGACCAGUCCCAUGUGUAAUAACCAUUGCUGCCGUUUCGUAGAGGGCUUCCCUGUCAGACUCAGGAGGCUCAGAGAGGACUAUUCCCACAUCAGAGACUUCUACGAAGCGAACGAUGACCUAGACACGGCGCUGCUGGAUCAGAGCGUGGAGGAGUCUUUCAAAAGCCCGUUUGCGUGCCACGCCAUGAACAGCAUCCUGGACUUCUACCUGAGCACGGUGUUGCCCACAGCCAUGGCCGGAGUGACGGAGGAAACCAAGGACCUGAAGCCUCACGUGGAGUCCAUACAGCAAAUCUUCGACGAGCUCAAGGAAGAUGUCACCAAAUGUAGAAACUUCUUCUCAUGCAAGAAACAGUUUGACAUCAAAAACAUAAACUCUACUUACACUCAGAUGGAGAAUAAAGGUCUAUAUAAAGCCAUGGGCGAGCUGGAGCUGCUGUUUAACUACAUUGAGAAAUACCUGGCCUCUAGACGGCGGCAAAACCAUGCAACCUCCACCUAAAGAUGAGAUCAAAAUGUGACUUCAUUCAUCUCAGGGGGGAAAAAAAGUUGCCUAUCGACUCUUGAACUUAUUUACAUCCAUGAUUUGUUCGUGGGUAUGCAUGUUGACAGAUUUAGAUUUUCCUCUGUGAUUCUGCUGAACUAAAGUCUUUGUUGUUCUGAGACUUCUGUUUAUGUUUUUGUCCUGGGGACAAGUACCAGUCUAGGACCAUAUUGUGUCUUACACACAUAGUUGUUGCAGUCAAAACUUUUACUAAGCUGAUAUAUUUAUUGUUUUUAUUUUUUAUUUAAUAAAUAAAUAACUGACUGAUAA